GAAUUAAAAACAAAUAAAUCGCUAUAUCAGUUAUCAGAUAUUAAUAGGUUGAGGAGAAACAAAGAAAAACAACAUUGCUUCAUGUUACACUUCACUUCAUUCGACUCCAUUUAUAUACAUACACAGAUGCAUACAUAGAUACAUACAAUAUAUUCAUACAUAUAUGUAUGUAUAUACGUAGGCGUCGAUGUAUUAUAUACAUACAUCUCAUGCAAACACGUUCAGCCAUUAAUUAAUUAACUCGAGGAUCUGGAUUAAACUGAAUUUCACGCCGAAAAUUCAAAAGAGGAAAUUCUUGAAUUGAAUGUGGUGGUUCUGUUGUAGCUUUAUGGACCGAUCAGGGUAAAUAGUCACCGCGUUGGACGGUUAUAACAAGAAUAAUAAAUAAAUAAAUAAAGGGGAAAAAAUGCCAUCGACAAGCAAAGCAACGAGCAAAGCUGAUAAGAAGGCUACAGUGGAUGCGGCUGCAUGGGUGUUCAACGUAGUCACUUCAGUCGGGAUUAUUAUCGUCAAUAAGGCAUUAAUGGCUACUUACGGAUUCAGCUUCGCUACAACGUUAACCGGUUUGCAUUUUGCUACCACAACACUGAUGACGGCCGUCUUAAGGUGGUUGGGUUACAUCCAACCUUCUCAUCUGCCGUAUUCCGAGCUCCUUAAAUUCGUCUUCUUUGCAAAUUUCUCUAUUGUUGGGAUGAACGUCAGCCUAAUGUGGAAUUCAGUGGGAUUCUACCAGAUCGCAAAGCUGACCAUGAUCCCAGUAUCCUGCUUACUGGAAGUCGUGUUCGACAAGAUCCGAUAUUCACGAGACACGAAGCUUAGCAUCUUAGUUGUUCUCCUCGGCGUUGCAGUUUGCACAGUUACUGACGUGAGUGUUAACGGCAAGGGAUUCAUCGCUGCAUUUAUUGCAGUUUGGAGUACGUCGCUUCAACAAUACUAUGUUCAUUAUCUUCAGAGAAAGUACUCCCUUACUUCCUUCAAUUUACUCGGCCACACAGCACCAGCACAAGCUGCAUCACUAUUGUUGAUAGGCCCGUUUCUCGAUUAUUUGUUGACAAACAAGAAAAAAGACGCGCACACUUUUCACACACCGUCUCUGGUGUUCAUGAUCCUGUCAUGCACUAUUGCAGUGGGAACUAAUCUAAGUCAGUUCAUCUGCAUAGGCAGAUUCACGGCUGUUUCGUUCCAAGUACUCGGACACAUGAAAACGAUCCUAGUAUUAAUCCUCGGAUUCUUGUUUUUCGGAAAAGAAGGUCUUAAUAUACAAGUAGUUAUCGGAAUGGUUAUUGCAGUUAUUGGAAUGAUCUGGUACGGCAAUGCCUCGUCAAAGCCAGGUGGCAAAGAAAGGCGCAGCUCGAGAUCCAGUCAGCAAAAACACGCGGGAUCUUCUUUAGAAUCUUCCGAUGUCGAUGAAAAGGUAUAAGUACAAUAACACUUUCUCUACAGUUGAAAUUUAGCAUACGGAAAAAGAUAGCGUUGAUUUUGUAUUUCUUAUUUAUUUAUUUAUUUAUUUUUUGCUCGGAAAUUCAUGUUUCCUCAAAAUUAACCUUUAUAAGUAAGUGACCCACAAAGCAGUUUCGAGAAAAUUAACAAUUCUAUACAUGUAACGAAAUCAAAUCGAGUUUUUAGUUGAAGUUAUUUAGACGAUCGAGUCGGAUGAAUCAAUUCUUCUUUCUUCGUUUUGAUUCUUGGUCUUGUCUUUGUUAUUUGGAUACAUGAGGUACAUUUGUAUUGCUCCCACUGCACAGCCAAAUCCAUUCGUUAUCUGGAAAAGUAGUCGAUUAUUUAGUCGGCUGAUAUU